AUGAUUCGUUCGGGCAACUUGACAACGCUGUUCCUGGCAACCGACACGAAUGAUGAGGAGGUGAAAGAACUCGAGAAAAUCAUGCGUACCUACAUCCCGAACCUAAGGCUGGUUCGGCAGCCGACAUUCCUGACAGGCGAGGACUGGGCGGCAGUGCUUGCACAAGCCAAUUUCACCCACAUGUUCACUGUGCAAGCCAUGCUCGAUAAGGUGAUAUGCGCUAUGGCAGAUGUGUUUUCGGGUACAGAUGCGUCGUCCUUUUCAUUGGAUAUUACCAGGAUCAGAGCCGGGCUUAGGGUGAAGCCAUUUACUCACAAGGAGAAGGACGAGGAGGACCGGCAAAAGGUGGCAGCAGGCGUGUGCGGCAAGAUUCAGAGCUACGAGAAGCUUUACGGGACGGGGUCGAUCGCAUGGCAGCCGCAGGCAGGCAAAUACGUGUUGAUGGACUGCCAUAGGAACCAGAUGAGCAACCGGAUGAGCAACCGGGUGCGGUGCAUCAGGAACUACCUCCGGGCAGCGGGCUAUCUGAAUCGCACUCUAGUUGUCCCUCUGCAUGCCGACGAGAUCACCUAUAACUACGACCGCCGCGCGUACUUCGAUGUCAACCACACACGCCACUGCUUCGGCCCCCAGACUGUUCUCUCUAGGGAUGAGCUUUUGCAGGAGGAGAGGGAGAGGAGGAUGGGCGGUGAAUCAGCUCGAGACAAUCAUCCGUACCUACAUCCCGAACCUGAGGCUGGUUCGGCAGCCGACGUCCCUGACAGGCGAGAUCAGCCUUGCCCCAUCGCGCAUGCCUUGACGUGCGCUGCCGCCAGCAUUCCAGCGAGGGCGACGGGGAGAGAGGGAGACGGGCAUUGCGAGGGGAAGAGCCGGAGGGAGGGCGACGAGGAGAAGGGAGGGCAGCGGGCGGAAGGGAGAGCGACGGGCGGAUGGGAGGGCGACGCGCGGAAGGGAGGGCGACGAGCGCGUGACGAGGGGACGAGCGCGUGA